AUGUCGAUAAUUAUUAAUACCAAUGAAGUCUCAUCAAAUUGGAAACUUUUAGCCACGAAAAUGCCUGUUAGUGAACUGAAGAAGAAGCAGAUCGAAACAUCACGAACAUCAGUUCGGCCGCCAAAGUUGACCAAAGCUGUAUGUAUUGAUUGUGAAAUGGUUGGUGUCGGUGAAAAUGGUAUGGACAAUAUGCUUGCUCGAGUAUCGAUCGUCAAUCAACUCGGACAAUGUCUCUACGAUAAAUAUGUUAAACCAACAGAGCCAGUUGUUGACUAUCGAACAGCAGUUAGUGGAAUAACAGAACAGAAUUUGGAGAACGGAAUUCCUCUUAAUGUCGUUCAGAAAGAAGUGUCAGAUAUAAUUCAACAUCGAACACUUGUUGGUCAUGCGAUACAUAAUGAUUUACAAGUUCUAUUUUUGAGUCAUCCAAAGCGGCGUAUUCGCGAUACACAACGUUACAAAGGUUUUCGUUCAUUGUUUAACGGUGGUUUGCCUUCAUUAAAAGCAUUAGCUGAUAAAGUUCUUGGAUUGAAAAUUCAAACUGGUGCUCAUGAUUCAGUCGAAGAUGCUCGUGUCACAAUGCAAUUAUAUGUUCAACAUCGUCGUGAAUGGGAAAAAUCUCUACGUGAAAAGAACUCUCUAACUAGUGAAGAGAAACAUAAAAGAAUACGUGCUCGUCAAAAACAAAAAAGAUUGCAAAGUUCUUCUUCUUCUUCUUUUACUAAAAAAACGAUAUAA